AUUUAACACAGUGUUAUUUCCAGCGUUAGAUUGUAGAACACGUUUUGUUUUUGUGACAGAAUGUUCGAUUUGAAAUUAUUCAAACAACUGUCGCAACUUUGUUUUUGCAUAAUUUUGGGCCUUUGUGGCUUCGGUGUGAUUGUCUUUUGGCCGGUGGUUUUGAACAGUUGUUUUGUGCUGGAACCAAACAGUAUCGUGUAUUGGUUUUGGAAAAAAAUACCAAAUGAAGUUGCAACCGAAUUUUAUUUCUUCAAUUGGACAAAUGCGGACGAUUUUUACAACUUGUCGGUUAAGCCGAAAUUUGACGAACUGGGGCCUUAUAAGUUCAGUCAAAGUGAGGAAAAGUGCAACGUGAUCUGGAACGAAAAUGGCACGGUUACGUACCGGGAGAAGAAAAUCUGGAAGCAUCAGGGAGGAAAUUUGGACGAUGUGGUGGUCGGGGUUAAUUAUAUCACUCUAGCUGCAACGACGGUAACCCGUUUCUGGAAAUUUUACACGCGGAGAUACUUCUUCCUAAUUUUAAAACCACUUUUCCGGUCAUUAUUUUCCACACAUACCGUCUCCGAAUUGCUUUUCGAGGGCUACAGUGAGCCUUUGAUCAAAAUUGCGCGAGCUUUGCCUAUUUUCCACGACCUGAAAUUCCCGAAUUGGGACCGUUUUGGAUGGUUUUACCAAAGAAACGGAACCACGGACUUUGCCGGAGUCGUAAACAUGGGCACCGGAAUUAACUCAACUUUGGGGGAUUUACAACCGGAAGAAAUCCUCACAUUUUCGCCGGAUUUGCGCCGGAAGUUCCAUCUCCAUUUUGUCGGAACGGAAAUGGUGGAUAACAUACUGGGUUAUAAAUACGUGCUUGGGGACCGGUUUUUCGACAAUGGUACAAUUUUCCCGGAAAAUUCCUGUUUUUGCAAUGGGGAGUGUGUCCCAUAUGGUAUGGUCAAUCUGUCGACGACCAGACACGGUUUUCCGCUUUUUCUCUCCCUGCCGCAUUUUUUCCGGGCGGAUCCGACUUAUCUCCAGCCAAUUGAUGGUUUAAAACCGAAUAAAAACCAGCAUGAAUCGAUCCUUAUCAUAGAACCGACCACCGGAAUUCCGAUUGAAAUGAGAGCGAAAACACAACUUAAUCUUUUGAUACGACCAGUUAACGGCAUUUCACUUGUGGAAAACGUCCGCCAAAUUUUCGUCCCAGUUUGGUGGACCAAACAAAAUAUCAAACUUUCAGGAUUAUCAAUAUUGUUCAUCAAAUUAAUUAUAAAUUUACCAAUUAUUUGCACGUCGCUUGGAUCUCUAAUGAUUGGGAUUAGUUUUGUUCUAAUGACUCUGUUUUUCAAUCGACGCCGACGGACAGACGCAAAAAGAAUAAUUUUAUUGAAAGACGAAGAGGUUCCAUUAAAACGAGUGUAAUUUUAAUACAAUUUCUUGAAAAGCAUUAAUUAGACUGAUUAAAACUAGAAAUUGUUGUUAGUAGUAGGUCAUUACAUAAUCUUUGAAAAAUUGCACAAAUUGAAAUGACGUAUCAUUUGUUUAUUUUCUUGACAAGGUUAAUGCUCAUAAUAAACAAAACGUCCGACCGAUAAAAACUCA